GAGAGAUUCUGAGUGUGGGUCGAGAGUACUCACCUUCUCUCCUCCCAAAUAUCUCAUGAGAGAGAGAGAGAGAGAGAGAGAGAGAGAGAGAGAGAGAGAGAGAGAGAGAGAGAGAUUUUCUACAAAAGCUUUCAGGUGGUGUAAUUUCCUGUCCUUUUGCGGUGGUCCAUUUUCGACGUUGGCUUGUUUAUGUGAGCUGGUUCUCUGCGGGUAGUCUCUCCUCUGUGUCUCGGAUACCAAAAAACAAAUAUUGAACCUUAUUUUUGGCGUGCACAGCCACGGAAUCUUACGACAAAUACGGCGAGCGUCCACAUUAACAUUUCUUUUCACAAACUAAAUUGAACUUUAUCAUGUUUUUGACAAAGUCGCUGAGAACGUAGAUUAGUUGGAUUCGACACCGUCCUGCGUAAGUAACAUGAAGUUUCUUGGUUCUUCUCCAGCCUGGUUUAGGCUUUAAUGCGCACUAAACCUCUCCUCGCCUUUUUUGCCAAAAUUCAUCACCCACUUUAUUGUGAUCAUCAGUCUUAUUAUGUAAGAUGAUGUUCUUCUGCGACUGUUUGUAUUGCACAUAAUACCCGAAAGGAGGAAGAAACGAGGAGGCAGCGGAGUUUCCCCGUCUGAAUUCGUGCUGAGAAGCCGCAUCAUCUCAUAUGCCGUUUUAAACGUCUCUACGGCACGUUUUAAGAUUGUACAAGAGAAACGUUGACAAUAGUAUAACACAAAGAUAAAGAUGAAGAAGUUCCGGAAGGUUUUGGACGGGCUGACCACUUCUUCACCGGUCAAUCCAAGUGGAUCUUCCUCGUGCGGCAGUGCGGCUGGGACCCCCAGUGCGGCACAGACACCGCGGGAGCUGGAGAUCCAGGAGACACUGACGUCGGAGCACUUCCAGAUCUGUAAGACGGUGCGUCAUGGAUUUACCUAUCAGCCCACAGCUCUGGCCUUUGACCCUGUGCAGAAGAUCCUUGCCAUCGGCUCUCGUUCCGGAGGAGUGCGGCUUCUGGGACGGCCAGGAGUGGACUGUUAUUGCCUGCAUGAGACUGGGGCAGCAGUUCUCCAACUGCAGUUUCUCAUCAACGAGGGGGCGCUGGUCACAGCCUGUGCGGAUGACACACUGCACCUCUGGAACUUGCGUCAGCGCCGUCCAGCCGUCCUUCACUCUCUCAAGUUCAACAGAGAACGGAUCACGUUUUGCCAUCUUCCGUUUCAAAGUAAAUGGCUUUACGUGGGGACGGAGCGUGGAAAUACGCACAUAGUGAACAUCGAAUCCUUCGUUUUGUCUGGAUAUGUCAUCAUGUGGAACAAGGCCAUAGAACUAUCAACAAAGACACAUCCAGGUCCAGUUGUUCAUCUGAGUGAUAGUCCAAAAGAUGAAGGAAAGUUGCUGAUAGGUUUUGAGAGCGGUACAAUAAUAAUGUGGGACCUCAGGGCCAAAAGAGCCGACUUUAGAAUAUACUAUGAUGAGGCCAUUCACUCAGCAAGCUGGCAUCAUGAUGGGCGGCAGUUCAUGUGCAGUCAUUCUGAUGGCAGUCUAAGCAUGUGGAACCUGAGAAACACAGCCAAACCUUUUCAAGUCACCUUCCCUCAUGGGAAGACUCAGAGAGAUGGUAGAAAGGAGUCAUGUAAACCCAUUCUCAAGGUUGAGUACAAGACCUCCAGAAACAGCAGUGAAGCCUUUGUCAUCUUCUCUGGGGGUCUGUCGUAUGAUAAGGCAGGACGUAGACCAACUCUAACCAUCAUGCAUGGAAAAGCCAUCACGGUUUUAGAGAUGGACUAUCCAAUAGUGGAUUUUAUGGUGCUCUGCGAUACGCCCUAUCUCAACGAGAUCCAGGAACCGUAUGCGGUGGUGGUUCUGCUGGAGAAAGAUUUUGUUGUGGUCGAUCUAACUCAGAGCAAUUUUCCUAUCUUUGAGAACCCCUACCCCAUGGACAUCCACGAGUCUCCAGUGACAUGUACGGCUUACUUUGCUGACUGUCCCCCUGACAUCAUACCCAUACUUUACUCCAUAGGAGCCAAACACAAAAAGACCGGCUACAGCCACAAGGAAUGGCCGCUCAGUGGUGGCACAUGGACAGUCGGUUCACAAGCAUAUCCAGAGAUUAUCAUCACAGGACACGCAGACGGAUCAAUAAAGUUUUGGGAUGCCACAGCAAUCACACUGCAGAUGCUGUAUAAGCUCAAGACGUCAAAGGUGUUUGAGAAGCCUAAGACUGGAGAGGUGGGCCGUGGUGCAGAGCUGGUGGAGGACGAUCCCUUUGCCAUUCAGAUGAUCAGCUGGUGCCCACAGAGCCGCAUCUUUUGUGUAGUGGGCAUCAGCACCCACGUCAUUCUGUACCGAUUCAGCAAGCAUGACGCCAACACCACCAUCACAUCCCUAGAGGUGCGACUGCAGUGUGAUAUGGAGGACGUCAUCUCUCCAUCAGAUACAGAGAACACCCCAUAUUUUUCUGACCCUAGCAGUCACUCGCCCCAGCCUCAGCCCCCUAGUCCACGAAGCAGCACUCCAGACAGUGUGCGGGACAGCAUCCCCUGCCUCAAGGUUAAAAACCGUAUGAUCCGAAUGCCUCCUGGAUACCAGGCGGAGCUUGUGGUUCAAUUACUGUGGGUCGAUGGAGAACCACCACAGCAAAUCUCCAGUCUGGAUUUAAACUCUGCCUAUGGCCUGUUGGCUUUUGGUAAUUGCAAUGGUGUAGCAGUUGUGGACUACCUGCAGAAAACUGUUCUGCUGUGUAUGAGCACUUUGGAACUGUAUGGAUCUGCAGACCCUUUCCAGCGCCUAACACGCUCUCCUCGCAAGAACCGGCAGUCUACAACAGACUUUUGCAUGCGCGGCCUGUCUAACUUUUAUUCAGAUUCAAAGAAACGGACGCGUACUUCCUACCAGAGCCUGACGGAGCUUUCUGAUAAUCAGGUGUCUUUGGACCUAGAGAGGAGCAAAUCACCCACCUCAGCACCCUACACCCCUUCCCUCCAUAAUGACCCUCGAGGCACAGGGGAACCUGUGUCCAACCUCCGGUCCUGCCACUACAGUCCUGUCUUUUACCUGCUGGACAAUGUCAAGGGACCAGGCAGAAAGUUAAGUCUACCCACAGAUCUUAAGACUGAUCUUGAUCAUGUGAAUGGACAUUGCACUAGCCCCACAUCCCAGCCCUGUCCGUCUGGGAGGGGCAGAGUCCCUGGGGGCCUUGAAGGGCCACGCCUUGCCCGCAGGGGGCCCGGCCGACCGCCCUUCCGCAAGGCCCAGUCCGCCGCAUGCAUGGAGGUCUCUUUGCCUGUAUCCUCACUCACUGAAGGUUAUUCAUCCCGACGAGCCAUGCUGCAGCAGUUACACGGCGUCAGUAUGUACUCUCACGACGAACAUCACACCACCACCUACUCCUGGAGCGAGAGAGAGAGUCGAGAAAACUCGUUCAGCCGUUCUCGGAGCUCUAGCGUUUCCAGCAUAGACAAGGAAACAAAAGAGGCCGUAACCACCCUGCAGUUUGCGGAGUCGUACAGCCGUAAGUCAGACACCUUGCCCACGCCCUGCCUGUGGGUGGGAACGAGCCUGGGCCUGGCGCUCAUUAUCCCAUUGUCCAUCCCUACAGAUGAGCAAGAACGCCAGGAAGACCCCGUUACCGUGGCACCUACAGCCACAGUAUUAAUGUUGAAGGGCUCUGUUCUGCGGUUUGGUUUUCUGGACUGCGGGGGCGCUCUGAUCCUAAAUCCCUAUGAGGUUUGGCGGGACCAGCAUGCUCCAGAAGAGCCAGAUCGACCCCGCAAACGGAAGCUGGUUAACUUCUCGCCCUCCUCCUCUCAAGAGGCCAGUGGAGAUGGCCACUUAGCUGUGGUGUGUUCAGAGAGGCAGGCCAAGGUCUUCCUCAUGCCCUCCCAAGCCUGUCUGUAUGUGCACAACAUCACUGAGUCGUCCUUCGUGCUGCGUGCCGACGUGGUGUCGGUUUGUAACAGCGUUUGUUUGGCCAUUUUCUGCGCCAACGGACACAUCAUGACUCUGAGCCUUCCAAGUUUACGGCCACUGCUGGACGUCAACUACCUGCCGCUAACGGACAUGCGCAUUGCCAGAACAUUCUGCUUCACCAACGGAGGACAGGCGCUGUAUCUGUGCUCCCCCACAGAGAUACAGAGAAUCGCUUACAGCCAGGAGAUGUGUGACAACCUACAGGAGAUGUUGGGGGAGCUCUUUACACCCAUCGAGACACCUGAGGCUCAGAACCGGGGCUUUCUCAAGGGUUUUUUUGGGGGCAAUGCCCAAACCUUCGACCGAGAGGAGCUGUUUGGUGAGGCAGCGGCAGGUAAGGGAUCCCGCAGCCUGGCCCAGCACAUCCCGGGACAGGGUGGUAUGGAGGGCAUGAAAGCUGCAGCAGGCGGGGUGGUGGGGGAACUGGCUCGAGCUCGCAUCGCCCUGGACGAGAGAGGGCAGAGGCUGGGGGAGCUGGAGGAGAGGACGGCCCUCAUGAUGACCAGUGCCGAAACCUUCUCUAAACAUGCUCACGAGCUGAUGCUGAAGUGCAAAGACAAGAAGUGGUAUCAGUUUUAGAGGGUCCUGGACGAGGGCACAUUUUGCUCUCAUGCCACAAAAGGGCGCUAUUCUGGCACUUGGACUUUCACUCAUAAAAAGAGAGAGAGCAAGCAAGGCAGAUGGACAGAGAGGGACUUACAGGCCGGUCAGCAUCUCUUCUGUCUGUGUACAGGAUUGUCUUACUCUGAUUGGUUAAAAAGACAAAGUCAGAUUACGAUACGAUGGAUACCGUUAAAGUUUAAGAGGGGUUCCGUACUCCUGCGUGGUGAAUCACACAACAUCUUCAUUUAUGUACAGGGGUUGAAUGGGGUCUCCUCACAAGAAGUAAAAUGUCUCACGUUGUGUAGAUACUUUGAAAGUUACGAAAUCAACAAGAGUGCAUGAAACAAAAUGGAUGACCUAUAAAAAUGUAAAACUGCCAUAUUAAAAAGCAGCAUGUUACUUUAAAAAGGGAACUAAAAGAUUCACUUUUAUUUAAUAACCUAAGCCAAUAAUAUAAACUAAUGACGAAAAAAUUAUAUUUUUUGAAAUAGCAAACAAAUAUAUAUAUAUAUAAAAAAAAGUAUACCUGCAUUGCUAUAAGGCCAAAAUAUUUUUUUGUUGAUACCUCCUCCAUGCUAUUUCUCUCAGCAAUGCAUAUUUUCAGAAUAUUUACCUCUCUGUCUUUUCAUAUAUGACUCGAAUUAUCCACCCUUGUAUUGCAAAUGACAGCCGAGAAACGAGUUUCCACGAUUCAGGCCAACGGCAACUUACUAGGCCUAGCCCACCGACGUUCAGUCACGAACGUUAAAACACAAAAUUUUUCUGUUCUCUUUGCUGCUAGCUCACAAAAACACCACAACCAACUUUUUAAUCAGUCUCAAAACGUAACUUCACCCUUGCCUAGAAGCGUAUGUCGUGACAUGGUUUUAGAAGUGUGAGUAGUAAAAUGUGACGAGUAUGUCUGUGAGGUCCUUUUCGAGAAGCGUAUGUAAUACUUAACGUGCCAUAUUCUUGAUGGGUAAUGUAUCUUUACUAUUAAAUAGCGAUGAAAUAACUCGUCUGUGAUUAAUAUUCUGGGCUCUUACCUGUAGAUACGACAAGCCAGCCAAACUCAGACGGAAGCGUGUCUGUAAAAGAACAAAUACUCUUUGAUUUGUCAUGAUGUUUGUUUUUCUUAAAAUGAUCAAUUUCAGCUGGCCUGUUAUUUCAUUUGAUUCUCUCUUCGGUUGCUUUUGGGCACGUGUAACAAAUAUAGUUGUUUUGUACCUCACUAAGAACAACGAGUGAAUGACCUCCGUUUUCUCUGCCAAAGUUUGAAUGCGUUUGUGGAGAGAUUUCCUUCACAUUCCGGUACAAGGGACAAUUGAAUUAGAUUUUUCUCAAUAUAAUGUCAAACAAUGUUUUAUACCUUGUUACUGUAGUGUCAGACGAUUGUUCGCUUGUGUCUACUGGUUGUCAGCUGACUGUGGGUAUGGUGUUUUAGACCGACCAGUGGGCGAUACUUAUGAAUAUUCAUGUUUUUGGAAUAUGUGUCUGGAACGAUUAAACCGAGUGGGCCGCCUGCAGUUUGCGGCAGUGUUUUGUGUAAGCGAAAUCUUCCAGAAUCGUAUUUUAAACUCAUGUUGUGUUUCUAUGGUUUGUCCUCUGAUGACCUCUGACCUUCUAUUUCUUUACUGUAUCAAACUCUGCAUCUCUUCCGUACCCCAUGCCUCUGCCCAUUUGGCUUUGUAAAUACAAGCUGCUACACAGUAACAUAUACGUUGUGCAUUGAAAUACAUAAACUCAAGUUUCAUGCAGGUAUACAUUGUCAAACAUUCGUCAAACUUGGGCUCUUACGCAAUAUUUUCUUUCUCACGCUAUUACUUUUGAAAUAAUGCUCAUGGCGAUGACUAAUUCUACAAGUUUGAAGAUGUUUCGCAUGUGGAGAGUGUGUAUUUGGACACAUGACUCAUCAUAAUGGUCAGCCAGUCCGAAGCCAAAGCCAUGGAGAAAUGUUCUUCUGAAGAUACCUGUUGGGUUUCGUUAAUGUUCACCGUUAUAUUUGUUUCGACAGAUUCUCCAAUGAUUCCUCUUAAGUGUCAAAAAAGAAUAAGGACCGACUCUCACAGACAGGGUAUUUUGUUCGUAUGUUCUCAGUUUUUAUAUGAAAAUGUACAGUUCAACUGGGGGGAGAGUGAGCUAAGUUAUUGACAAAAGUGAUUUGGAUAUUCCUCUGUGAACGUCAUACAUGUUUAAAGAUGGUACAAUGUCUGAUAUUCUGACUGUAGUUAACUCCACCCCAACUCUGGUCCUCUGAUACCUCCAGAGAAGGCAACAACGUCGGUCUUGUUUAAAUGGAUAACGCCACCUUUCGUUCUUAUCGAUAUUCUAGUAGUGUUAGAGAGGUUAUUAAAAAUACAAUGGAAAAAUAUGUUGAUGCAAAUCAAAUUGAAAUAAACAUUGA